AGUGUUGUUGUGUUAUUAUUAGAGCAUAAUGCACUACCGUGCCGCCGAAUACCAAAGAAGAAGAAGAAGUAGUACACUACAGAUGUGUUGUGUACUCUGAUGCAUAAACAAGUCACUAUAUGUCUACAGAGUGUGUUGUUAUUGUCUGUCAGUGGAGAGCAGGCACGGGUAAGAUGAAUUCAGCUAUCGUCUCUUAGGUUGCUGUCGGUCUGGUGUCAUGUGACUCAGAGGAGUACAGGAGCAUCAGUAUGAGUCCUGAGGGUUUACUGUUAUCUUCGUUGUGAUCUGAGCGUGACUAAUCUCACCGAGGGGCCUGCAUUCUACAUUAGUUAAUCCUGGUCACCCUCACAUCCCUUGGACUCCUCCAUUUCCCUCCCUCCGUCCUGUCUCUUAGAGGAUGGAUGGUCAGCAGUCUCUACAGGCCAGUGUGAACUCCUCUUACAUUCCCUCCACCAUCUCCUCCAUGUGUGACGAAGAGCAUUCAGAGGUGGUGGGGGGCGACACUGCCCCUUUGCUCUCCCAACAGCAGCCAGCAGCGCCCCUGGCGGCCCGUCACUGCCCGGAGGAUUCCUACAAUAUGGUGUACAUCAUAUUUUUCCUGAUGGGCAUCGGCUCUCUGCUGCCGUGGAAUGUCUUCAUCACAGCCAAACAGUACUGGAUCUACAAGUUUAGUAACAGCUCCAGCCCCGCUGCUCAAGAGGAACCUCACAGUGACCUCAGCGACUACUUUGAGAGUUACAUCGCCAUCGCUUCUGCUGUUCCCUCAGUACUCUGUCUCAUCCUCAACUACCUCCUGGUCAACAGGUUCUCCUCUCGGGUGCGGAUACUGGUCUCUCUCCUGGUGAUCUUGCUCGUGUUUGUGGUGACCACGGUGCUGGUGAAAGUGGACAUGUCUGGCUACAGGAUACAGUUUUUUGGGGGAACGCUGGCCAGUGUUGCGCUGGUCAGCGGGGCGUCCAACAUCUUUUCUGGCAGUGUGUUCGGUAUCAGCGGCCACUUUCCAAUGAGAAUAUCUCAAGCAGUCAUAUCAGGUCAGGCCAUGGGCGGCACUUUGAGUGCACUGGCCUCGAUCGUAGACCUGGCUGCCUCGAGUGACGUGACCGACAGUGCGCUGGUGUACUUCAUCACAGCAGACGUCUUCACUCUCAUCUGUAUCGUCAUGUACCUGCUGCUACCCAGACUGCCUUACUCAAGAUACUACAUGGAAGUAGCUUCUGUGCCCCGCGGUGAGUCUAACAGCCCCUCUUCUGGAUCCGUGCCGCCCCUCAAACCCAUCCUGAAGAAGACCUGGCUUCUGGGCAGCUGCGUCUUCUACGUUUUCUUCAUCUCCAUCAUGAUUUUCCCUGCCGUCUCCUCGGGAAUCCAGUCCAUGAAUAAAGACUCUGGCAGUCCUUGGGCUACCACAUACUUCGUGCCUCUGACUAGUUUCUUGCUGUAUAACGUUGCAGACUUCUGCGGCCGCCAGGUCACGGUCUGGUUGCAGGUGCCGGGUCCCACCAGCCGCAUGCUGCCAUUGCUGGUCGUCUCCAGAACCGCUCUGGUUCCUCUCUUCAUGUUCUGCAACUAUCAGCCGCGGUACCAUCUGCACAGUGUGUUCUUUGCACAUGACCUCUUCCCCGUGGUCUUCGUCUGUCUGCUGGGGAUUACUAACGGGUACCUGGGCACACUGCCCAUGAUCUACGGGCCCAAAGUGGUGCCGCGGGAGCUGGCCGAGCCUGCGGGGGUUGUCAUGUCCUUCUUCCUCACGCUGGGGCUUGCUGUGGGGUCAGCCUUCUCUGUGGCGCUCGUCCACACUAUAUGAGUGUAAAUGACUGGCCUUUGCCACAAGACUGAUCCGUUACACUACAGCACUCAAGAAGACUUUUGCCAAUUUAAAAAAAGAUAUAUUUGAUAAUUUUUUUGUUACAGUUUUUAUGCAUUUUAAUGUUGCCAAUAAAAUUGAUGUUUUUUUUUUCAUGUUGUUUUUAAUGCUUUUACAAUCCUGUUUGCAGUCAAUUUAAAGUUGAAUUUUAUUAUUUUUAUUUUUCAGAAAAUGCACAGUCAUGUUCGGGGUAAACUUUGACCUUUAUAACAAAUCAAUUGUAUCAAAAGAAGCAUUGUAUGUUGUUUUCCUGUAAUAAUACACAGACAUACCCUGGUUUUACAGUG